AUGGUGAAGUUUGUUUUGACCCUCCUCUUCCUGCAUUUGUGGCUUGCGCAUGCUGGCUGGGGCUAUAGUGGUAAGGGUUGGUCCCAGCGAUCGUAUGGCAGCAACUCCAAUGGUGGAAGAUGGCAAAACUGGAGCGAAGAGCAAAAAGGACAAGAAGCGGCGACGCAACAGAUCCAUGUCAUCAUCAUCCAGUUCUUCUUCACCAUCAGUCAAGAACCGCCGUAUAGCCGGAAGGAUCUACCCCAAAGUAGUGCUAUGGGCUCCAGAUUGCAAGCUGAGCUUGAAGCACUCCGCAAAGAAAAGGCAGACAGGGAUGCUCAAGCUCAAAAAGAAGCUCUCUUGGCCGAAGUACGUGCUAUUGCUGCAGAAGGGGUGAGGAGUGCGCCUUUGAAAGCCGGUUCCACGCAGCACAUGCCAGAUGGGUCUGUGGCACUGGGAGACACCAAAGAUCAGCUCACACCACCUGAUCGCAUGGCAGUUUUUCACACACUGGAUGGGUAUGAGAAAGUCAAAAAGACCAUGACAUGGCUGGAGCUUGAGGAAACUCUGGCCAGCGAGGAGGAAAGUGUGCUGAAAGAGCUUUACAGAAAGGUGUGCCGCCGCGGUGGGGCUCCCAGAUCGAAACCUGCAAUGGCGCACAAGCUCGUGCAGGGCUUGAAGAAUGCGAUUGCUGAAUUUUCAACUGCUUGA